CUGAGAUCCCUGAGGUGGGACUGGGAUCCCUGAGGUGGGACUGGGAUCCAUGGCACUGGGAUCUGUGGGCUGCCGUGCUGGGAGAGGGUGCUGAACCACACCAACUCCAGGCUUGCCUUAGUAAGCAAUAAUUUCCUGAGAACUGAGGUGCUUUAUGCUCCACUUUAAAGCUGAAUUGUCAAACUAAAGGUUAUGGCAAACUACACACAUUUCAAUGGCAAGACUUGAACUGUUUCCAAAAGUUUUAUUUUUGGGGUUUGGGUAUUUUAAGUUGCAUAUGUUUUUGUUAUGUCACAGUCUUCUGGAGCAUGACCAUUUACACACAAGACUAAGUUCACUGUCUGGCAAGGAGAGUAAUUUUUACAUGUUGUCUUAUUUGUCUUCAUGUCAACAUCUUCCAGGAGGGUUAAACAUAGUUGUCUCUGAGAGGUUUUGGCCACUCUUUUGAUUGUGGAGUUGGUGUGGAGAUGCCUCUGCAGGGAGGACAGAUGGAGAAGUAGACUACCAGAAGAUGCCAACACACAAGAGUCUCCUGCCAGACAGUGCCCAAGAACAAGAGUCUGCCACUACUUCAAGCAAUGAUUGCCUGCAUAAUGAUGAGAACUCGGGAACUGAGCAGGAAAAUGGCAUUUGUGACAAUGGUGUGGGUAAUAGUGUUGGAAUUCCCAACUCUGACUGCCAGGCUUCCACUUCCAUGGCUGUUCCUUUGGAGGCACCUAGAAGAACACAUCCCCUUUUGCAGAUCAACAGGCAGCAGAUUCAGUCUGUCUCAUGUAGUGCACAUGCUGCCGAGCUCAAAGAUUUAGGAGUUGAUGUCUAUGACCAGGACGUGUUGGAGCAAGGAGUUCUUCAGCAAGUAGAUAAUGCAAUUAACGAAGCGAAUAAAGCAGCAAAAAUAGCUAAUGCAUCAAAAGAGUAUGAGUCAGUACUGGAGGAUUUAAGAUCAUGUACAACAUCUCUGAGGCAUAUAAAUAAAAUUAUUGAGGAACUUUCACCUCAAGCUGCUGACAACAAAAAUGUUAACAGAAAACUAGAUUCUGUAAAACGGCAGAAAUAUAACAAGGAGCAACAGCUGAAGAAGAUAAAAGCAAAACAAAAACGUCUUCAAGGAAUACUUGGUUUAACAGAGUUUGCUGAUGAAGCAAAUGAGAUUGAAUAUGAGGAAGAUGAAGAACCUGGUCCAUCAUCCCUUGGCAGUAUGCUUAUGCCUGCUCAGGAAACAGAGUGGGCAGAGCUCAUUCGAACUGGUCAGAUGACUCCAUUUGGAACAAAAAUACCUCAGAAGCCAGAGAGGAAGGCACGACAGUUAAGAUUAAAUGAGGCAUCUGAUUUUGAGAAGUAUUUAGCAGACCAAGCUAAGCUGUCAUCUGAAAGAAGGAAGUUAUCCCGUCACAGAGGAGCAAAGAAGAAAGCACAGGCCAAAAAUGUUCAGUGUGUGGCUCCUGCAGCUGCCACAAAGGAAAAAAGUGGUAAAGCCCUCUCAAAGACAGAUAAGCGCUUAAAAAAACACUUGAGAGAGCUUCAGAAGCACGCCCUUCAGAUUCAUUCAAAGGCCAGGAUUCCAAAGGAGAAGAAAUAUCCUGAGGCCAAGAAGUUCAGACAUGAACAAGAGGAUGAUAGUGGGGAAUCUGAGUAUGUACCUGAUGAGGAGCUCUUUGAUCCAGAAGCAGCAGAAGAGGAAGAACAGUCAUCCUCUCUUGAUGAGAAUGAUUCUGAUUAUGAACUUAAGAGUUUAUCAAGAAAAAGAAAACAUCUGGUGAAGAAGGGUUUUAAAGAAGAUGAAAAUGAUGCUGACUUUGUUCCAAGCUCUGAGGAAGAAGAGCAUACACCAGGGAAGCACAAAGUGAGACGAUGGAGAGAUGAUGGAGAUGUGGACUAUUAUAAACAGAGACUAAGGAAGUGGCAAAAAGAACGUUUGAAGGACAAAGAACAUCAAACAGCUGAAGAGCUUUCUGAAGAAAGUGACGUUGAAUUUGAAGAGGGUUUCAAAGUACCAGGAUUUCUCUUCAAAAAGCUUUUUAAGUACCAGCAGACAGGUGUUAGGUGGCUUUGGGAAUUGCACUGCCAGCAGGCAGGAGGAAUUCUGGGAGAUGAGAUGGGAUUGGGCAAGACCAUUCAGAUAAUUGCCUUCUUGGCAGGUCUGAGCUACAGCAAUAUGAGGACUCGUGGUUCAAAUUACAGGUACCAGGGAUUGGGUCCAACAGUGAUUGUUUGUCCGGCUACUGUGUUGCAUCAGUGGGUAAAAGAAUUCCACACUUGGUGGCCUCCAUUUAGAGUUGCUGUGCUCCAUGAAACUGGUUCUUAUACAAAGAGUAAGGUGAAACUAAUUCAUGAAAUCGCUUCAUGCCAUGGAAUUUUAAUUACAUCUUACUCAUACAUUCGACUGAUGCAGGACAACAUCCACACCUAUGAUUGGCAUUAUGUCAUUCUGGAUGAGGGUCACAAAAUCCGAAAUCCAAAUGCUGCAGUCACACUUGCAUGCAAGCAGUUCCGCACACCCCAUCGAAUCAUCUUGUCUGGCUCCCCUAUGCAAAAUAACCUAAAGGAGCUCUGGUCCCUCUUUGACUUUAUAUUCCCAGGAAAAUUGGGAACACUGCCUGUGUUCAUGGAGCAGUUUUCUGUCCCGAUAACCAUGGGAGGAUAUUGCAAUGCCUCUCCUGUCCAGGUAAAAACUGCUUACAAAUGUGCCUGCGUGUUACGGGAUACCAUAAACCCCUACUUGCUGCGAAGAAUGAAAGCUGAUGUAAAAAUGAGCCUUUCACUUCCAGAUAAAAAUGAACAGGUCCUCUUUUGCCGUUUGACAGAGGAGCAGCGUCAAAUCUAUCAAAAUUACAUCAACUCUAAAGAAGUUUACCAGAUUCUCAAUGGAGACAUGCAGAUUCUCUUAGGACUAUCAACUUUGAGAAAGAUUUGCAAUCACCCUGACUUCGUUGCUGAUAGUCCCAGAAUUUUGAAGAGUGUGCCUGAUGCUGAAGUGGAGGAUCCAAAUCAGUUUGGAUAUUGGAAACGUUCUGGAAAAAUGAUAGUGGUAGAAUCCUUGCUGAAAAUAUGGCACAAGCAAGGUCACAGAGUGCUGUUUUUUACUCAGUCAAGACAGAUGAUGCAGAUACUUGAAGUCUUUGUGAGAUACAGAAACUAUUCCUACCUCAGGAUGGAUGGCACCACAGCAGUAGCUUCCAGACAGCCUCUUGUAACAAAAUACAAUGAGGACAAAUCCAUAUUUCUUUUUCUUCUAACAACUCGUGUUGGUGGCAUUGGAGUUAACUUGGUCGGUGCUGACCGGGUUAUUAUUUAUGAUCCUGACUGGAAUCCCAGUGUAGAUACACAGGCUCGGGAGCGUGCUUGGAGAAUAGGCCAAAAGAAAGAGGUGACUGUGUAUAGGCUGCUCACUGCAGGUACUAUUGAGGAGAAGAUAUACCACAGACAAAUCUUCAAGCAGUUUUUAACAAAUAGAGUGCUGAAAGACCCUAAGCAGAAUCGCUUCUUCAAAUCCAAUGACCUUUAUGAACUAUUUACUCUGAACAGCCCAGAUGUGUCUCAAGGGACAGAAACAAGUGCAAUUUUUGCAGGUACUGGUUCAGAUGUUCAAGUCCCAAAGCCACCUGAUAAGCGUGAUAUCCAUAUUGCAGAAAACAGCUCACACAAGAAGAUCAAGUCCUCCAAUUCCUAUUCCACCACGCACAUGAAAGAUUCUUCUUUUAAAGCAAUAGAGACAAAUGAGGAAACCAAGGGAAAUUUGGAAGCCUUUAACCAAAAUAGCUAUGCAAAAGAUAAUGCACAAGCUGCUACUGAUACAAAUUCACUCAAUAAAAGCAAGGAGGAAUGCUUGGAAGAUGAUGACAAAUGCCUGUCCCAGUCGAUGCCAUGCAGUGCAGGGUCUUCAGAGAAUGCCGAACGCCUGACUGCCGUGGUGGCUGGUGAAGGACAUGGAGCAGCUCCUGCGGAUGCCAGGACAGAUCUUAGCCCUACUUCUGAUACAACUGGCUCUUGGGAAAAGCAGGGUGCUAAAACUGAAGAUGGGCAAUUCGAUAAUAAUCAUUCCAAGUGUAUCUCAAAAACAAAACACAAGGUGGAUAUGCUGUCACAUGACAGCCACAAAGAUAAGUCUAAGAAGAAACAUCACAAAGAUGCCAAAUUUGAAGGAAAGCGUAUUCCUCAUCUAGUGAAACAAAAGCAAUUCAGAAGGGAGAACAGUGAAGAGCAAGACUCAAAGAAAAAUGAUGACUAUGUCUUGCAGAAACUUUUCAAAAAAUCAGGGGUACACAGUGUUAUGAAGCAUGAUGCCAUUAUGGACGCUUCCAACGCAGAUCAUGUGCUGGAGGAAGCAGAGGCAAGCAGAGUGGCCCAGGAUGCCUUGAGAGCUCUAAGACUCUCUCGUCAGCAGUGUUUAGGAGCUGCUUCUGGUGUGCCAACCUGGACAGGCACGAGUGGUCUUUCAGGUGCACCAUCAGGAAUAAAGAGCCGGUUUGGUCAAAAAAGAAACUCCAUGCUGCUUUCUUCACAUUCCACUUGUGCAUCACCUGCAAAGAAGCACAAGGAUGGAGAUACAAUAAAGAAACAAAAUAUAAAGAAGUGUAGCUCCAGUGAGCACUUCAAUGGAAAAUCUGGAGAAUCGUCAUCCAGUGCUCUGGACUCUUCAUCUUUAUUAGCUCGCAUGAGGGCAAGGAACCACCUUGUUUUACCCCAGCAGACAAGGAGUGAGGGUGAUGAGAACCAUCAGCCAGCCCCCGCCCCAGUGCAGGGUUCAACGGAGUACGACGAGCUGCUGGUGGAUCUGCGGAACUUCCUGGCGUUCCAGGCCCGCGUGGACGGCGAGGCCAGCACUCGGGAGCUGCUGCAGGAGUUCGAGUCCAAGCUGCCUGCAGAGCACUCCUGUGUCUUCAGAGAGCUGCUGCGCAACAUCUGCACCUUCCAUCGCAGCCCCAGCGGGGAAGGGGUCUGGAGGCUGAAGCCAGAGUUCCGGUGACCCCUGGUCAGUGAAGGCCCUCUCGUGUCCAGCUGACCACCAUUCUCCUCUCAAAGGAGGAACACUGUGUGACUUUGGAAGCGUUUUGUAUUCCUGAAUUAAUUAAUGCCUUGAACAGUCAGUGGUACAGGACUUGUUGCAGGCUUAAAGCUAACUUAAUUUCUGAUUUAUACUAUUUAUAUUAAAGUGCCAUCUACCUCAUAGAUGAAACAAUACAAAAUAUCAGCACCUUUUCUUAAAAAGAAAUCUUAAUAUAAAUGGGAUGAAGAACGUAUACUGACCUUUUAUUACAGUAAGAACCAUGGAUGUUGCCAUGGGUUGUAAGACUUUGAUUUCUGUGAAAUUCCAGAAAACUACUUCCUUGAUUUUGUGUUUAUUACUUGAAUGGUCAUAGGGCGCAUAGUGUGCCAUCAAAAAAGAAAAAACAAGGGGUGGGGGGAGAUGACAGCAGUUAGCAUGAGAGAUUCACUUGUACUGACAAGUGCAUCAGAAUCAUUUUAUGUAACUUCCAUCAGUAGUGAGAAUUUUGUUGUAAUGU